GUCGGGGGCGCUGAGUCGGCCCAGCGGCGGAGGUGGGCAUGGACGCGCUCUACUACGACUACAGCGAGGAGCCGCCGGGCAACUGGAGCGAGGCCGGGGCGCUGGCCUGCGCCUGGGAGGAGGGCGAGACGGACUGGGAGCUCUCCUUCUCGCUGCUGCCCGUCCUCUACAUGCUGGUCUUCGUGCUGGGGCUGUCGGGCAACGGGCUGGUGAUCUUCACGGUCUGGCGCGGCGCGCCCGCCAAACGCCGCUCGGCGGACGCCUACAUCGGCAACCUGGCGCUGGCCGACCUGGCCUUCGUGGUGACGCUGCCGCUGUGGGCGGCGUACACGGCGCUGCGCUUCCACUGGCCCUUCGGCUCGGCGCUCUGCAAGCUCAGCAGCUACCUGGUGCUGCUCAACAUGUUCGCCUCGGCCUUCUGCCUGGGCUGCCUCGGCUUCGAGCGCUACCUGGCCAUCGUGCACGCCCUGCCGCGCUCGGCCGGCCGGCCGGCCUCCUCCUCGUGCUCCUCGCCGCGGCCGCGCGCCGCGACGCUGCUGGCGCUGGCCGCCGUCUGGCUACUGGCCGGCCUGCUGGCGCUGCCGGCGCUGCUGCUGCGCGAGACGCGGCUCAGCCCGCGGGCCGGCAACGGCUCGGCCGUCGAGUGCGACAUGGACUUCAGCGGCGUGGCCGGCAGCCCCGAGGAGGAGGCCUGGUGGCUGGCGGCGCUCAGCCUGGCCACCACGGCGCUGGGCUUCAUGCUGCCGCUGCUGCUGCUGACGCUCUGCUACUGCUGCAUCGGCGCCGCCGUCAGCCGCCACUUCCAGCGGCACGUGCGCAGGGAGGAGGGCCGGCAGCGGCGCCGGCUGCUGCGCAUCAUCGUCACGCUGGUGGCCGUCUUCGCGCUGUGCUGGCUGCCCUUCCACCUGCUCAAGAGCCUCUACGUGCUGGCCUGGGUGGGCCUGCUGAGCCUGCCGUGCCCCUGGCUGGGGCUCAUCCUGCGCCUCCACCCCUACGCCACCUGCCUGGCCUACAUCAACAGCUGCCUCAACCCCUUCCUCUACGCCUUCUUCGACAGCCGCUUCCGCGCCCAGUGCCUGCUCCUGCUCGGCCUGCGCCCGUUGCGCCGCGCCCCCGCCGGCUCCGUGUCGUCCACGCUCAGCGGCCAGACCCAGAAGUCCGAGCUGCCUUCCUUGGGCACCAAGGUGUAGGGCGCCCGCGGCAGCGCGGGGAGCGAGAGAAGCGCGCCCGCACGCGUGCUCGGGACUGGCCGGGCUGCGCCGGGAUCUCCAAGCGGCGC